AUGGCUACAUCAACCGGUACCGGCUGGGCACAGCUGCGGCAACAGGCCCGAUCACUGGAGACUCAGACCGAAGCCCUCUUCCACACCUACUCGCAAUAUGCCGCCCUAACCAAACCACCACCCACCCCGUCCGAAGAAGAACUCCGCACCGGAUCCCAACUGGAGGAGAUCCUCGAUCGACGAGAAACAACAAUAACCCACCUCUCGCGCCUCCUCGACAGCGAAGCCACCCUGACCGCCUCCGCCCUGAAGCAGAACAACCUCGCCCGCCACCGCGAGAUUCUCGCCGACCACCGCCGCGAGUUCGCCCGCAUCACCGCCGCCAUCGCCGAGACCCGCGACCGCGCCAACUUGUUGAACCAUGUCCGCCACGACAUCGACGCCUUCCGCUCCCAGAACCAGUCCGAGGCCGACUACAUGCUCGAGGAGCGGGGCCGCAUCGACGAGAGCCACAAUAUGAUCGACGGCGUGCUGAGCCAGGCGUACGCCAUCAAUGAGAACUUCGGGUUGCAGCGCGAGACGUUGGCGAGCAUUAAUCGGCGGAUUGUCGGCGCGGCGGGCGCCGUGCCCGGCAUGAAUGCGUUGAUUGGCAAGAUCGGGAAUAAGCGAAGGAGGGAUGCGGUGGUUUUGGGGGCGUUUGUGGGGGUGUGUUUUCUGGUGGUUUUUUUCUUGAGAUGA